AUGGGCCGGAAACUGCGUACAACUUUUCAUGCCCUCGUCCCUACCGGUGCGCAGCCCGCGCAGACUUCUCCAGUCUCUCGCAGCAAGCUCUCCAUCGGAACGCCUGUCUUCGCCCGUGAUUAUCGAGCGGAGUUCGCAGACUCGAUUGAAGCAACCGUGGUAGCGCACAGAGGCAGUAUGUUGUUUGACGUCGACGUUGGUGGUGAAAUCUGGGUUCGUCACCACAACCAGAUCCGACGGCGACAUUGCAGUAACACAACUGGGCUCGAUCCGGCGCCUUCACUCCCCCUUGACAUCCUACUGGAUACCUUCGCCAUUCCGGCAGAUCGGUCGGUUCCUGAACCCACUGCUGCGCCUCCUUCGGAUGUACCACCUUCGUUAUCAGUCACUGCCCCCGGGUCUCCAGUCAACAAACCACAACUAAGACGCCGGACCAACCGCGUGCGCCGAUCAACACUGCCGAUGCAGAUCAAUCCACGCCAAAAGCGGUACUGA